AUCUGCCUCUUGCUCUCACCACUGGUGCCCAGAGCGGGGACUGCAACUGAUGCUGGGUCGCCGCUAUCCUGUGUACAGGAGAUAUACAACUGGGAUAUAUACUCCGUUUCUUAAAACAAGUGUUUGUUUGUGGUUUCCUGAGAUGAUGACGAUCGGUGGAUUGUGAAAUGGCAAAAUGGAAGUUGUAAUUGUGGUGUUUUUCCUGGUUCUUCUACAAGCUGAAGUGACCGACGGAGAAUGUGAAGCGUGUCCUUACGGGUGCUGUACCUCAGCCCAGGGGGACGAGGAAUGCUGCACGGCCAUCGUCCCAGUGCUCGGCAUCAUCGCCGCUGUGACGUCAUGCGGUGUCGUCAUUGCUAUUGUUGUCAUCGUCUGCUGCUGUCGACGUAAGAAACCCGACGCCUCCAAGAAAGGACCACGCCCAUCUCCUGUCGAUCAAACUUCAAACCGAGCUCCAAACACAACAAACGGGACCGAUGUAGCUGGCCAGCGGUACCCACUGAUGCCGCUCAGGUGUCCGGAAUGCGAGGAUAGAUACAUCCGUUCUCAACCUUGGACAGACAUCGACAGCGGGUGCGAGGGUUGGCCCUUGGGUAGGGGCGUUGUUCCAGAUCACACUCUCAUCCCCACCCCCAUGGGCUCGACGUACAGCAUCAGAACUAGCACUAUAGUCGACUUACCGUCGUAUCAACAUAAUUUCUCUGUGUUCUAAACUUAGUCCGCUAAAACUGACCAUAAGUAUAUGUACCGCCGGCUUCAAAAGGCUUGUCGGUCGCCGUUUAUGAACAAAAAAUAUAAAGCCAGCAUAUUAUGGUCAGUUUUAGCGGACCCUGGUGAACUCAACAGGUGAAUAGGGAGCAAAAUGUUAUAUGAUAUCUUACAACGUCGAUAUUUUUUUCGAACUCUGCAUCGGCCUUUUUUCAUUAAGAAUGUUAAAAUUGAUUGAGUGUGAUAUCGGAUGGCAUCGUUUAGAAUAAAAAACAAACACUUUUCUCCGUAAAAUUAAGAUCACGCAGGGAAGCAUAUUUUAAAUGUCGACUGUGAUGAAGAGUGAUGUAAUGCUUUGUUGGUGUGAGGUACAGGUGUAGAUGGCAUCGGCAAGGAUGCUUAUGUCAGUAAAUGGGUUGGACAUAAUAGCUUUUGUUCUAUUGUAAAACAGACACACAGAAUGAUUCACUUUUACCCGAGAGUUCUGUUAGAUUUAUCUCCCUUAGUUUUUCAAUUACCAUUAUCUCAUAAAUGAUUGCUUGCAUUCUUGAUGAUAUAAGGUGUAUAAGUGAUCCUUUAUGUCAAAUUAAGGGAGCGUAUAUCCUAAGUGCAUCUUGAGCUGGCGCCUUAGUCUAUUCAUCAGCGUUAUGAGCUGGCGCCUUAGUCUAUUCAUCAGCGUUAUGAGCUGGCGCCUUAGUCUAUUCAUCAGCGUUAUGAGCUGGCGCCUUAGUCUAUUCAUCAGCGUUAUGAGCUGGCGCCUUAGUCUAUUCAUCAGCGUUAUGAGCUGGCGCCUUAGUCUAUUCAUCAGCGUUAUGAGCUGGCGCCUUAGUCUAUUCAUCAGCGUUAUGAGCUGGCGCCUUAGUCUAUUCAUCAGCGUUAUGAGCUGGCGCCUUAGUCUAUUCAUCAGCGUUAUGAGCUGGCGCCUUAGUCUAUUCAUCAGCGUUAUGAGCUGGCGCCUUAGUCUAUUCAUCAGCGUUAUGAGCUGGCGCCUUAGUCUAUUCAUCAGCGUUAUGAGCUGGUGUCUUUAUAAUUUGAAUCUCAACACCGGCGUAUAGUGUAAUGACAAGCGUCUAUAUCCUGUGCCUUAUUCUAAAUCACCAACUUUUAUAUCAUCAUGUGCUUUGUAUCAUCACCGCAACGUCUUGAGCCUGUGCCUUAGUAUACUUACCAGUGUCUUAGCCUUAUCACUAACGUCUUAAGCCUGUGACUAAGUCUAAUCACCAGCAUUCUGAUCACCAACGUCUGGAGCCCGUGACUAAGUCUAAUCACCAGCAUUCUGAUCACCAACGUCUGAAGCCUGCGACUUAGUAUUAUUAUAAACGUGUGGAGCCUGUGCUUUAAGUGUAGCGUACUUUAUAAAAGUUGAUACCUUAUCGUGAACUUUUUUUCAAGCUUUGGCUAAAUAUCAAAUCCAUUGCACUCAUGCACUCGGGAUUCUUAGCUGAUGAACUUUUACAUAGGAAUUUUAUAUACAUCAGAUUGUCCUUAUAUUGGUUAUCAUGCUGAAUGAGAGAAAUUAGAAUGGCCGAAAUAAUCUUAUUAUCCCAGUGCUGGACAAGGUGUAGUGGUUUAAGGAGGAGUUCAGUAUGGGUUUGUUACGGUGGCUGAUUUCAGGGCAGAGAGACGAAACAAACCUGAACUCUCGUUGUUGAGAAUUAACUUUCGUUGCUUCGUCCCAAAAAGACGAAAAUCAGAAACCCCAAUUCUCGUUGUUUCGUCUUUUACACAACGAUAAUUGAAAGUGACUAAAGCUCGUCUUUUCGUGGCGAAGGGACGAAACGAAUCAGCCUCGGCAGUACGUGCUAUUUAUCAAUAGAUAAUAUAUAUAUCGAUCAAUUUCAUAUGAAAUUGAUUAGUUUUUGCAGACGAACAAUUAAAUAGCUGGCGCGUGAGUAUUUAUAAGUAUUUAUUUUACACUUCCGUGUUGGUGCGACAAGUGGAUAUUUUUUUUUAAUCUAAAUUUGAUAUUUGACUUUAAUUUACACAUACGAAGUAUGUGGUGGACAUGUUUAUCACAAUCAAGACCAUGGGUGGUGUAUGGUUGAAUGAGUGAAAUGCUUUUUUAUCAUGAUGUCUUUAUUCUUGUAUAUUUUAAAUAAAUUAUUAUA